AAAAAAAAAAAAGAAUAAGAGGCUAUUUUACAAAAAAAAUAGAAAAUAAAAAUGGUACUAGGGUUUCAAGAGAUUCCUUUACUACCAGAAAUGGGAAAUCGGAGAAGACGAGUAUGCAAUUAAAGAGCAAAAGCUGAUAAUUUCAAAGUUCAAACCUAAAAGAACUAAACAAUGGCGAAAGAGGAACACAGGGUUGCUCAAAUUGAAGUAGCAAAGCAAAGAUGCAGGUGCGUCAUUGAUUCAAUCCACAAAUUGCCAUCUUCUUCAAACAUCACCCACUCAUGUAGAAGAACCCUCCUCAAAUUAGCACGUGCUGAGCUCGAUUUUCUCUCUCAACCUUCUUCUUCCAGCACUCUCAGUGUCAACAUUGGGCACCUGGAAGCAGUUCUACAUAUUCUACAGCAACCUUUCAUAAGCGGAGUUUCUAGAGUUUGCAAAUCAAUCCCACUAUCUCCUUCAGUUAGUCGCGAAGAGAGACAUAGCUCUUCUCUCAAAGACAUCCAUGUCGAUGUGGUGUGUAUCCUCAAUGGGAAGCCUGUGUGGAUUAUAGUAUCCGAUAGGAAUCCAAAGUACAUUUCAUGGAAUAGUUGUCAUAAAAGUAAGGGUUUGAAGCUACGCAUUGAACAAGUACUCGCUGCUGCCAAAUCUAACUUAGCUUUAAGACCUUCCUCGGUUAUGAUUUUCUUUGCCAAUGGGAUUUCAACCCAUGUUUAUGACAAGCUACGCGACGAAUUCAGGGCAUCUGAAAUCCGUUUGGCGUUUUCGGUUUUCAGUUCUAACAUGCUAGAAGAAACAGAAGGUGACUGGAUAAAUGUUAUCUCUAGAUCAUAUAGAGAUGCACUUGUUCUUGAAAUCAACCUUACUGAUGAAAAAGAUGCUGUUCCAAAUUUAGGAUGUAAUGUUGAGAGUUCGAUCAUGGAUUCUUCUCAAGUAGAGGUUUCAGUAGGAAAGGUUGAAACACAACCACAUCUUUUGGAACAAAAUGCCGUUAACAGGGCUUCUUCUCAACUUGAGCGUUCAAUAGAUAAAGCUGAAACUAGACCGCUGCUAUCACAAGAGGAUAUUGAAACAAAGUUGGGUGAUACAUUCUAUUCUGUUAUUAUGGGAAUGAAACUAAGCUCCCUGGACAAUAAAAAUUCCGAAUCGACUGAAUCUAUGAAACUUUUAGGUGGGAGUGAUCUGGUAAAUUUUGAUACAACAGCUUUGAUAGCUUUUGUAUCGGGAAUUAGUAAUGGUGGAACAGAAAAACUUUUGGCCACUCCCGAAAGUGAACUGAGACAGCGGUUUAAGGGAAACUUUGACUUUGUGAUCGGUCAAAUAAUGUCUGAACUUCAAAAUCCAAUCCAUGUGGAAUUUGGUAGAGUCCUAAAUGGGAAGCAGGGUAUAAUUUGUGAGAGUGUUCUUUCAGAAUUUAAGGAGCUAGCGAAAAUGUGUGGAGGGCCAAAUGAGAAACUUAGAGCCGACAAGUUAAUAAAUUAUCUAAGGGUUGUUCCGGAUACUCCUUCAGGACGCAUGAUGGGCCUCCCAACAACUAGGAAGCUGGCAUUAAAAAACAAGAUUGUGUUUGGUACUGGUGACCAUUGGCAUGCCCCAACUUUGACAGCAAACAUGGCAUUCAUCAGAGCAGUUUCACAGACGGGGAUGUCACUCUCUAGUAUUGAACAUAGACCAAGGGCCUUAACUGGGGAUUAGUUACAUGCAUUCAUGACAAUAAAGGUUAAAACUUGACACACAAGAAUUGUACUGGUCCUGCAACUGAUGUUCCAUUUCUGAUCUUGAGGAGUUUGGAGCAACCAUUGAAGUUGUUGGUGGAGACGGUGCUUCUACCUCUACAGUGUGAGCCCUUCCCAAAGUCUUCUCUGCCAUGAGUACAAUGUGCUUUUACUACCUCAUAUUUUGUUGUGUUUAUUACAUCCAUUUUUCUUCACUUGAAUAAUGGUGGGAAUUUUGCCAUAUAAUACCAUGUGUCCCUCUCUCUAUAUUGCAUUGCUACAACUCUUGAUGUGCUUUUUUGUUCCGCACCUUUUCAUAUAUAUGUCUCUUCCACCGUUAUUCAUUCAA